AUGAGACUAUGUGAUAUUCCACAAAUUUUAAUUUAUAAUUCAUUGACCUAUGAGCUAAGAGUCGUUAUAAGUUUUCCCCCUGGCAAAUUUAAACUUCGAAUCACCAUUGGUGAUUAUAAUGGAUACGCUGAAAGAGGUACCGGAAGUUGGGAACUCUUCGAUGACUUGAAAAAAAACCAAUACCAACCAAGUUUAUGUGUUCAAUGCCAAACCAAACAAAAAGUUCCGAAAAAAGGUAUUGUAAUCAAACCUAUUAUAAGUCGUGAACUUAAUUCCCGGUGUCAAGUAGCCUUUGUAGAUAUGCAAACUUGCAAAGAUGGUGAAUUUAAAUGUAUAUUAAAUUAUCAGGAUCACCUAACAAAAUGUAUUCAAUUAAGACCUCUAAAAUCUAAAACUGCAGAAGAAGUUGCACAUCACUUAUUAAAUAUAUUUCUUAUUUUCGGUGCGCCAAAUAUUUUACAUUCCGACAAUGAACGAGAGUUCGUAAAUAAAGUUAUAUCAGAGCUGUGUUCAAUGUGGGAUGGUGUGAAAAUUGUGCAUGGUAAACCACGCCACAGCCAAACACAAGGAUCCAUCGAAAGGACAAACCAAGAUUUCCAAAAUAUACUGAGAGCUAUGAUGGAAGAUAAUGACACUACAAAAUGGUCAGAAGCAUUACCAUUUGUCCAAUUUGCGAAAAAUACGACGUAUCAUCAAGCCCCUCAAACUGACCUAGAAAAUAAAGGAAGUGAUGACAAUGAAGUAGAGAAAGAGUCUAACGGUAAAAGCGACGAUAAUCUUGACAAUCAAGCAAAUAAUGAUGAAGAUAAGCUCAGCGAAAAAAGUGAUGACAAAAACCAAAAUGAAUUAUUAAACAAAAAUGAAAGGAAGGAGAAUACAAUUAAGAAUAGAGCUUUGGCACUAAAUGGACUUCAAACACAAGCAAGUGUAAUGCUGCGAUCGUCGAACCAAAAAUUUCCGCCUGCUCAAGUAGGUGAUACUGUUUGA